AUGGUGAUGCCGGGCAACCACGAGGCCGCCUGCGCCGAGUUCGACGGCCCCAACAACGAGCUGACGGCCUAUCUCGUCAACGACAAGGCCAACUCGACCGCCAGCAAGUCGGGGCUCAACUACUUCUCCUGCCCGCCGACGCAGCGCAACUUCACUGCCUACCAGCACCGCUUCCGCAUGCCCGGCGCCGAGUCCGGCGGCGUCGGCAACAUGUGGUACUCGUUCGACUACGGCCUGGCGCACUUUGUGUCGCUCAACGGCGAGACCGACUACGCCAACAGCCCCGAGUGGCCCUUCAUCCGCGACACCAAGGGCGCUGCCGGCGAGCCCGCCGAGAGCGUGACGUUCAUCACGGACUCGGGCCCCUUUGGCUUCAUCGAGAACAACGCCUACCAGACCACCUCGGCCUACGAGCAGUACCAGUGGCUCGUCAACGACCUCAAGAGCGUCGACCGCACCAAGACGCCCUGGGUCUUUGUCAUGUCCCACCGCCCCAUGUACUCGAGCGGCUCCUCGGCCUACCAGAAGAACAUCCGCGACGCCUUUGAGGCCGUGCUGCUCGAGUACGGCGUCGACGCCUACUUUGCCGGCCACAUCCACUGGUACGAGCGUCUCGUCCCGCUCGCCGCCAACGGCGUCAUCGACACCGACGCCAUCAUCGACAAGAACACCUACUACGCCAACAACGGCAAGUCCAUCACCCACAUCACCAACGGCAUGGCCGGCAACAUCGAGUCCCACUCCACCCUCACGUCCUCCGAGACCGUCGAGGACAUCACCGCCGUCCUCGACACCACCCACUACGGCUUCAGCCGCCUCGACAUCCACAACGCCUCCGUCGUCACCCUCAACUUUGUGCUCGGCAACGGCAACGGCUUCGGCGACUCCCUGACGCUCAUCAAGAAGGAGGCGACGCCGCCGCCGUCUUCGUCGUCCGCGUCGUCCUCGGCCCCUGCGUCGUCUGCAUCGUCUGUGUCGUCCGCUUCGUCUGCUUCCUCUGCUUCUGCGUCUGCGUCUGUCUCCUCUGCGUCUGUCUCCUCUGCCUCCUCCUCCGAGGACUGCAGCGCGUCGUCCGAGGCGGGCGCCUCGUCGUCGCAGUCGUCGUCGGCUAGCCAGAGUGCGUCGGCCUCGGCGUCGUCCUCUGCGCCUGCUUCUGUGUCGGCCUCGCUCAGCGGCUCUGCCUCGUCUUCUGCCUCCAAGAGCGCGUCUGCCUCCGAAUCCGCCUCGGUCGUCGUGCCGCCCGUCUCGGUCUCGUCCGCCUCGUCCGCCUCGUCUGCCUCCGAGUCUGCUGCGUCCUCGUCGAUUGCCGACUGUGAAUCGUCGUCGAUUUCCGCCUCGGCCUCUGCCUCUGGCUCUGCUUCGGCGUCUGCUUCUGCUUCUGUUUCUGCCUCGGAGUCUGGGUCCUCGUCGAUUGCCGACUGUGAGUCGUCGUCCGGGUCCGCCUCGGCCUCUGCGUCUGCAUCUGCUUCCGCCUCUGCCUCUGUCCCUGCGUCGGUCUCGGCGUCUUCGUCCGAGUCCAUCGUCCCCUCUUCCAUUGCCGACUGCGAGUCGACUUCGGUGAGUGGCUCCGCUUCUGCUUCGGUCUCGGCUUCGGUCUCGGCUUCCGCGUCGGCCUCGGAGUCUGGUGUCUCGUCCUCGAUUGCAGACUGUGAGACUUCGAGUGGAUCUGCCUCUGCUUCCGCUUCCGCUUCCGCUUCGGCCUCUGCCUCCUCGGAGUCGAUUGUUCCCUCGUCCAUUGCCGAUUGUGAAACGUCGUCCACAUCUGGCAGUGUCUCUGCUUCGGCCACCGGCUCGGCCUCUGCCAGCGGUUCGGCCAUUGCCACUGGCUCGGCGUCAGCCUCAAAGUCCGCGUCGGCCUCUGCCUCGCCCUCUGGCUCUGCUUCCGCCUCCACAUCUGGCGGAGCCUCCGCUUCGGCGUCCAGGUCCGCCGUCUCGUCCAACCCGGCUUCCGCCUCUGCCUCCGCCUCCAAGUCUGGCGGCGCUGGUGGUGUCGGUGGUGUCACCACCACCACCGAGGUCGUUACCGCCUACACCACCUACUGCCCCGGCGCCACUACCUUCACCCAGGGCUCGCACACCUACACCGUCUCCAGCGCCACCACCCUCACCAUUACUGACUGCCCUUGCACCCUGACCCACACCAUCUCUUCCGCCACGCCCUCCGCUAGCUCUACGGUUGUUGGCGGUGGCUCGGGUGGCAGUGGCAGUGGCUCGGGUAACAACAACGGCAAUGGCAACGGUAACGGUAACGGUAACGGUAACGGCAACGGCAAUGGCAAUGGUAGUGGCAACAACAACGGCAACGGCAACGGCUCUGGCUCGGGCGCUGCCGCCGGUACUACCCCCGCUGGCACUACUCCUGCUGGCACUGCCCCUGCCGGCACUACUCCUGCCGCCGGUAGCCCUACCGGGUCUGCCGCCGCCUCCACGUCGUCGACGUCGACUGUUGUCACAGCCGGCGCCUUCCAGACCCAGGCUUCGACUCUGUUCGCCUCCGUCAGCGCCCUUCUUGUCGCUGUCCGCCUGCUGCUGUAA